AUGAGUCAAACAUCUCUGAAACAGAAAAAGAAGAAUGAAUCUGCAACGAAAUACUCAAAAGAGAGUCUAGAAACAGAGAAAAGACAGGAAUCUGAAAAAUCAAUUCGUCUCAGCACUCCGGGAUCACAAGAAGCAUUGCCAAAGACAGAGUCUCGAGGGUACGUCGUGCGAAGCCAGUGGUCUGGAAGUUCACGGAACCCAUCCUCCAGAGUCCCAUCAGCAGAGGAAGCCAGAAGCAAGCCCACCAGUCUUAAGGUAGAGAUAGGGAUGAAGGAUGGAGUGCAUGAUAGCAUAAUGCCCCAGUCCCUGCCUCAGUCUCUGGCCCCAUCCAUGCGCAGCAUCAAGAUGCAUGAGCACCAUGACCACUGGGGGCACAGUCUGAUUCGGGAUCGGGAUCGGGAUCGGGAUCGGGAUCGGGAUGUCCGGGAUUCCCGGGACUCCCGGGACUCGCUGCAUCGGGAUUGUCCACGCACACCCCCCUUGGAGUGGAAGCCCUAUUCUCAGCGCAGGUCCUACAGCUCCCAGGACCGCGACUAUAUAGCUGACCUGGGCCGGCAGCGGGAGUUGGAUAAUGAGGACGAGGAGGCCUACUGGUCAUCAGUGAGGACACUGUAUGAGAAGAACCCGGGCUGCUCACGCCCCCGGCCGGCCAAACCCAAGCACGCCCUCACCAUCGCUGUGUCGUCCCGGGCUCUGUUCAACAUGGUGGACGGCAGGAAAGUCUACGAGGAGGAGGGUCUGGAAAAGUACAUGGAGUACCAGCUCUGCAACGAGAACGUCAUCCUGACCCCCGGGCCCGCCUUCCGCUUCGUCAAGGCCCUGCAGCAUGUCAAUGCUAGACUCCGUGAUCUGUAUCCUGAAGAACACGAAUUAUUUGAUAUUGUACUGAUGACUAAUAACCAUGCCCAAGUGGGAGUGCGGCUUAUAAACAGCGUCAAUCACUAUGGCUUACUAAUUGACCGCUUCUGUCUGACCGGUGGCAAAAGCCCUGUUGGCUAUUUGAAGGCAUAUCUUACCAACUUCUAUCUCUCUGCGGACUGUGAAAAAGUACAAGAAGCACUGCAAGAAGGGAUCGCCUCUGCAACAAUGUUUGACGGAGGGAAAGACACGUCUUACUGUGACUCACAGCUCCGUGUGGCUUUUGAUGGAGACUCCAUCCUCUUCUCUGAUGAGCUGGAAUACCCUACCAAGGAUGGGCUGGAGAAAUUCUUUCAACAUGAAACACAAUGUGAGACUAAGCCUAUUGUUCAGGAAGAGCCGAGACUGGACGUCUUGAUCAAUAAUGCAGGGGUCUUCCAGUGCCCUUACAUGAAGACCGAAGAUGGGUUUGAGAUGCAGUUUGGGGUGAACCAUCUGGGUCACUUUUUGCUCACCAAUCUUCUCCUGGGACUGCUCAAAAGUUCAGCGCCCAGCAGGGUGGUGGUAGUUUCUUCCAAACUUUAUAAAUAUGGAGACAUCAACUUUGAAGACUUGAACAGUGAGCAAAGCUAUAAUAAGAGCUUUUGUUACAGUCAGAGCAAACUGGCUAACAUCCUCUUCACCAGGGAACUCGCCCGCCGCCUCGAAGGCACGAAGGUCACGGUCAAUGUCCUGCACCCGGGGAUCGUGCGGACUAACCUGGGGAGGCACAUGCACAUUCCGCUGCUGGUCAAGCCACUUUUCAAUCUGGUGUCAUGGGCUUUUUUCAAAACUCCAGUAGAAGGUGCCCAAACUUCGGUUUAUUUAGCCUCUUCACCGGAGGUAGAAGGUGUGUCAGGAAAGUUCUUUGGGGAUUGUAAAGAGGAAGAACUGUUGCCGAAAGCCAUGGAUGAGUCUGUUGCAAGAAAACUCUGGGAUAUCAGUGAAGUAAUGGUUGGCAUAGUACAGUAGGAGCAAGAAGUGUAAGAGCCAUUUAAAAAAUGGAUCUCACUUAUAUCUGUGGUCAGAUGGCUUGAGCACUUGCUACUUGAAAAAAUUUUGGUUUUACAAUAGUACUACUAAGAAGUACAUAUGGCUGUUUUGAAGUUACGAAAAGUUUUCUUUGGGAAAUGAAAAUUUCAGAAAAGAUGUUAUAAAUAUACAAUAAGCAUAAUGAAUAAUGAACAAAUAUGAUAGAUUUUAAAAAUUGUAAUUGAACAUGCUUGGAUUACAAAUAUUAAAGAACUCAGUUACUUAAAAUAGAUACCUUGAGAAGUUUUUGUCUCUGAUUUUCAUGACCAAAAUGUUAAAUAGUUCUAUUGCAAUGCUGGUUUCUGUGUGAAAUAGUAUGCCUGGUGUGUGUGUUUGAUCCUUACUUGGAAUAAAUUUACUGAUGCAAAUUC